AUGAGUGCUGGAAUUAAAAAUGUUACGCAUCGAGGUGUUUAUGUUGGAGAAACAAUUGGAAUAGGAAAACACACAGUUGUACACAAUUUUUGUUCGGAUGACACAAAAAGUCAUAAGCCAAACUUGAGAGAUUGGCCAAAAAUGAUGUUUAAUUUAAAAACUGGGGGAGGAAUAGUUGUCUGGACAAUGGAGGAUUUUCGUAUUAGUGGAAAUGAUAAAAAAUGGUGGAUUGAUAAUAUGGAAGAAUUAUUUGGAAAAUCUAAUUUUAGAGGGGAGAAAGUAGCUGAGAGGGCUAGAAACGAGGCUAGAAAAUUUUUAAAAUUAAUUUCAAAAUUUAUUAAUAUAGUUAGGGAAACGAGAAUAUCGUCUUUGGACAUGGAAUUGCGAACAUUUUGCUACUUGGUGUAA